GGCCGGUUAUUGAUCCCUGUAUAAUCACAUCACGAUGCAAAUUAAAUAAUCUUGCUAUGAUCCACCCCCCCUCCCGCCCAGAUUUGGUAUUGACCGCUCUAGUCAGUAUGUGCCCGCCAAAAUUUCGAAAAGUUCAAAUGAUUCAGAUUGAAGCGGUUAUGCAGUGCUGUUCUACUUCAAAGAUCAAAUACCUGGACUACUCCCUUUUGCUAUUUGUGUUUUUCUAGUGUAUACUAAUUUUUCAGAUUAGUGGAGAUUUUUCGAUGGCUUAAACAUCUUCUGUCAGCAUUCAUCUGUCCAGCGGAUUUCUUUUUCAACGAAACAUGGCCUGUUGGAGGUGUGUGAUUUGCUUUGUUUUCGUUGCCUUAACAUUGAAGUCCCUCUUGAGCCAUAUUAACACAGCACAUAGUCGCAGUCCCGAUUUCCGUGUUAUAUGCGGGAUUGAUGGCUGUACUGCUGAAUACAGAGUCUUCAACUCCUUUUACUACCAUAUUAGACGCACACAUACUCUAUAUUUUGCCACCGGACACCCACCUACUGGAUGGAUGACAUCAGCUACACCUGACCUAUCUCGGGUUGGAAGUGAACAUUUUGACAUCCCAGUUUUUUCUGACUGUGCCACUGAAACACGGGGAAUGCAAAGGACCAACAGUGAAGGCAACACACCUGUCAUCGCAAAUGACAUGUUGAACCCAGAGCCUACAUGUCAUCAGAUUCCACACCCUGAUAAUCAGGAAGGAGCUGGUGCAUCAAGUGCAAAUAUCAGACGUGCAGCUGCAUUUGCCAUCAAUGUGAGGGAGAGAUGUCACCUGUCUCAGAGGAGCGUCAACAACAUUGUUUCUGAAGUCCAGCAGUAUCAAACUACUCUUCUGAGCACCUUGAGGGACACAAUGAAGAGGAUCUUUGAAAGACAUUCAGACAGUGUGGAGCAGCUACAAGAGGAAGUACUGGCAACAUUAGACAAUUUUCAAGAUCCUUUCUCCUUCAUGGCCACCACAUACAUGCAAGACAGCACCAUCCAGAGGCUUUUUAACCCAGUUAAACCAGAGGAGGUAGUUAUGUCUCAGAGGGUUUGUCGAGUUAAAAAAGGACAAUCAAGAGUUCUUGGAAUUAAAAACAGAAGCUUUUACUAUAUAUCCCUGGUUAAGAGUCUUGAACAGCUGUUGUCCAAUUCUAGGAUUUUUGAUAUGAUCCGCACCACGCCACAGAGUUGUCACAAAGAUGGAUUUUUGUAUGAUAUUGUUGAUGGGAGCCUUUUCAAAUCCCACCCACUGUUUUCAGUGAAACCUUCUGCUUUACAGAUCAUUUUAUACACUGAUGAAAUAGAGAUCUGCAAUCCUCUCGGGUCACAUGCUUCAGUAAAUAAAUUACUGAUGGUUUAUUAUACUUUAGGAAACAUAAACCCCAAGUUUAGGUCAAAGCUGGCUGCAAUCAGACUCCUUGCUAUAGCAAAAGCUGAUGAUAUUGACAAAUGUGGUGUUGAUUUUGUAUUACAAAGAAUUGAUGAAGACUUAAAGUUGCUGUAUAAUGGUGUCACAAUCCAAACACAGAGUGGUGGAUUCGAGUUAUUUGGUGCUGUAAUUUCAGUGUGUGGUGACACACUUGCGCAGCAUGAGCUUGCUGGUUUCAAGGAAGGAGUUGGUUUUGCAUACAGUAAGUGUAGGCAUUGUGAAUGUACCUUUGAGGAAAUGCAAAUUAAUUUUAAUGAAGAGCGCUUUACAAAAAGGACAAUGGAAAAACAUAUUCAACAGUGCCAUGAAAUAGAAAAGGCCAGCACAGACUUCUUGAAAUCGGCCCUCAAAACCACCUAUGGUAUAAACAGAAGGAGCAAGCUGGUUGAUUUUCCAGCCUUUGACCUCAUUCGGCAAACUCCACAGGACAUAAUGCACAUCAUUCUUGAGGGUGUUGCACCAAUGGAAGUUAAGUGUGUGUUAAAAUACCUUGUUCUGUCUGGACAGAUGGAGUUGGAUGUGUUCAAUUCAGCCAUGCAAAGUUUUCCUUUGUCACCAGUAGAUGUACGUGACAAACCCUGCCCUAUAAGUGUCAGUACCUUGGCAUCAAAUGAUAACAAACUUAAACAGUCCUCAGGGCAAAUGCUGAUAUUGCUGAAGAUCAUGCCUUUUCUGCUGAAUACUAUAGAGAAAAAUGAGUAUGUUCAGUUUGUUUUGGACUUAAUUGAGAUAGUUCAUAUACUUUUUGCUCCUGUUUUAUCUGUGCAGACUGUAUUAAGACUGAGAAGUAUGAUUGAACAGCAUUUGAAACAGUUUAAGCAACUUUUUCCUGAGAAUAAUGUCAUUCCUAAGCAACAUUACCUGCUGCAUCUCCCUUCCCAAAUUCUUUCCCUGGGCCCUAUGAUAAGACACAUGUGCAUGAGAUUUGAGUCAAAGCACUGUUUUUUCAAACAGUGGUCAUCUAAAUUGAACUUCAAAAAUGUCUGUAAGUCACUUGUGAAACAUAAUCAGCUUUUUGAAUGCUGUCAAAAUGAAAUGGGUAUGGAGCAUCCGAUUUUUUUACAUGAGAAAGAAUUGGGUCCUGUCUCAGAAGUAGCAAAUAUGGAGUAUGUUAAUGCAAAGAUGAGAGAUUUUUUGGGGAUUUAUGGCAUACAACACACAGUCAAAGUAAAGUGGCUUAUUCUCAAUGGGAACAAGUACAUAAGUGACAGGUCUCUAAUAAUCACCACUACAAAUGAGACAGUGCCUGUCUUCGGAUUUAUAAAAAACAUUUAUGUGGUAAACAGCUCAUUGUAUUGUUUUGAGUACCAGCUUUAUGAGACAGUGGGUUGGAAUAGAGAUCUUUUAGCCUAUGAAGUUGCAGUGCCUAAUCUUGCUCAAGCAACAGAGUUCAUCGAUGCUGAAAAACUAGUGGAUCAUACAUCAUAUUACCCUGUCAGUUUCAAAAACACCACGUAUGUUCUGACAAAAUAUUAUCUUGGUGAUGUUGCUCUACUUAAACAGUGA